CCCCCGGUCCUCGGGAGCCUGAUGUGACCCGCCAGAGAAAAUGGCGGCGGCGGCAGGGGAUCGCACCACAUCGUCUGGAUUAUCCUCGGGCAGCGGCGGCGAGGCGGCUGCCGCCGCCGCCGUCUGCGGGAGUUUGAAAGGCGGCGUGGUCGCUGGGAGCGUGGCCGGGAGCGUCGGGGGGGUCCUGCGCGAGGCGGGCGGCGGCUCCCGGGAGCAGCGCUCUGACUGGAGACGGAAGCAGCUGCGUAAAGUGCGGAGCGUGGAGCUGGACCGGCUGCCCGAGGCUCCCCUCUUCCUCGCCGCCGCCCCGGCCGCCGCCUCCUCCUCUUCGUCGCCGGAGUCCCCCGAGACGCUGCUGCUCCACUACUUCCCUGGGCCGCCGCGCUCCAGCCCAGCCAGCCCGGCUGCCUCCCCCAGCCGCUGCACCGAGCUCCUAGAACUUGUACCGGCGGGGACUGACCCCGCCGCGGAGCGGACGAUGGACCCGUCCUCCCCCGCGAGUCGUGACAUGGAGAAUAAAGAAACCCUCAGGGGGCUGCACAAGAUGGAUGACCGCCCAGAAGAGCGCAUGAUCAGGGAGAAACUCAAGGCAACAUGCAUGCCAGCCUGGAAGCAUGAAUGGCUGGAAAGAAGAAGCAGGAGAGGCCCUGUGGUGGUGAAACCUAUCCCUGGGAAAGGAGAUGGCUCAGAAAUGAACAAAUUGUCACUAGAACCUCAAGCUGAAGGACAAAGCACUGCUGCAUCACCUGCACAGAAAGGAAGACGUAGUCCCUCUCCUAGUAGCUCUUCAUCAUCAUCUUCUAGGACGGUUAAAUCUGAAUCGCCAGGUGUUAGAAGAAAAAGGAUUUCCCCCGUGCCUUUUCAGAGUGGACGAACAACACCACCUCGACGAGCCCCAUCUCCAGAUGGCUUCUCUCCAUACAGCCCUGAGGAAACCAACCGUCGUGUCAACAAAGUUAUGCGAGCCAGGCUGUACUUGCUGCAGCAGAUAGGACCCAACUCUUUUUUAAUUGGAGGAGACAGCCCUGAUAAUAAAUACAGAGUAUUUAUUGGUCCUCAGACUUGUAGUUGUGGCCGUGGGACAUUUUGUAUUCAUCUGCUGUUUGUCAUGCUGCGGGUGUUCCAACUUGAACCCUCAGACCCAAUGCUCUGGAGAAAGACACUGAAGAACUUCGAGGUUGAGAGUUUGUUCCAGAAAUAUCACAGUAGGCGUAGCUCAAGGAUCAAAGCUCCAUCUCGUAACACCAUCCAGAAGUUUGUCUCACGCAUGUCAAAUUCUCAUACAUUGUCAUCAUCUAGUACUUCUACAUCUAGUUCAGAAAACAGUAUGAAGGAUGAGGAAGAACAGAUGUGCCCCAUUUGUUUGUUAGGCAUGUUGGAUGAAGAGAGCCUAACUGUGUGUGAAGAUGGCUGCAGGAACAAAUUACACCACCACUGCAUGUCAAUAUGGGCAGAAGAGUGCAGAAGAAACAGAGAGCCACUUAUCUGUCCUCUUUGUAGAUCUAAAUGGAGAUCUCAUGAUUUCUAUAGUCAUGAGUUGCCAAGCCCUGUUGAUUCUUCUGUUCUCCGUGUGGUUCAACAACAAACUCAGCAGCAACCUACAGCUGGAUCACAGAGAAGAAUCCAAGAUAGCAACUUUAAUCUUACUCAUUAUGGGGUCCAGCAAAUCCCUUCUGCUUACAAAGAUUUAGCUGAGCCAUGGAUUCAGGUGUUUGGAAUGGAGUUAGUUGGCUGCUUGUUUUCUCGAAACUGGAAUAUACGAGAGAUGGCACUGAGGCGUCUUUCCCACGAUGUUAGUGGGGCUCUGUUACUGGCUAACGGUGAAAGCACUGGAAAUUCUGGAAGUAGCAAUGGAAACAACACAAGUGCUGGAGCUCUGGGAGCAGCUAAUGGGUCAUCUCAGACCAGUAUCUCAGGAGAUGUGGUGGUGGAAUCCUGCUGCAGUGUGCUGUCCAUGGUCUGUGCUGACCCUGUCUACAAAGUUUAUGUUGCUGCUUUAAAAACUUUAAGAGCCAUGCUGGUAUAUACUCCUUGUCAUACUUUGGCAGAGAGGACUAGACUACAGCGACUCCUCAAGCCAGUUGUAGAGACGAUAUUAGUUAAAUGUGCAGAUGCCAAUAGUCGAACGAGUCAACUUUCAGUCUCAACACUAUUGGAGAUGUGUAAAGGCCAAGCAGGCGAGCUGGCAGUUGGGAGAGAAAUACUUAAAUCUGGGUCCAUUGGUAUUGGUGGUGUCGAUUACGUCUUAAAUUGUAUUCUGGGAACCCAAGCUGAAUCUAGCAACUGGCAAGCACUACUGGGGCGACUUUGUUUAAUAGACAGACUUCUGUUGGAAUUUCCUGGUGAAUUUUAUCCCCACAUUGUCUGUGGAGAUGUUUUACAGGCUGAUACCAUAGUAGACAGGUAUAAGAAGCUCCUCUCCCUCGUAACUUUCACCUUGCAAUCCAUUGACAAUUCCCACUCAAUGGUGGGUAAACUAUCACGGAGAGUAUUUUUGAGUGCAGCAAGAAUGGUGGCAAGAGUGCCUCAUGUUUUUGUAAAGCUCUUAGAAAUGCUGAGUGUGACAAGCUCAACUCAUUAUGCAAGGAUGCGUCGACGUCUGAUGGCAAUAGCAGAUGAAAUGGAAAUCAGAGAGGCCAUCCAACUAGGCAUGGAAGAAAUGCAUUCUGGGGAGCAUCAACAGGAAGACUUUUUGCCUGUGCCAGAUAACUCUCCAGAAGCUACAGAAAGUAAUACUCCUAACAAUACUGUCCAAUUAUCAGGGAAAAGUGGAAAAGGUUUAAGGGAUAAAAAACUGAGUGCCAGUCCAGAUGACAUUUCUGAGACACUGGCUAGCCUCACUGUGGGACUUCCUGUUUCAUCAGUAACCACUGAGCAACCAAAGCCAGCCAUUCAAACAAAAGGAAAACCCCACAGUCAGUGUUUGAACUCUUCUCCCUCAUCCAGUCAUUCCCAGUCACUAUUUCCAACACUUCUUUCUCCUUCAAACCCAUCUGUACCAGCUGGCACUGUAACAGAUGUCUCUAAACUCAGACUUCAGGGAUUCAUUCCCUGCAAAAUCCCCUCACCUUCUCCUCAAACACAGCGGAAGCUUUCUCUCCAGUUUCAAAGAAAUUGUUCUGAAAAUAAAGAACCAGAGAAACUGUCUCCAGUUUUUACCCAAGCCAGGCCAUUGCCAUCCAGCCACAUACACAGGCCAAAGCCAUCACGACCCACCCCAGGUGAUGUUAACAAACAGGGAGAAACCUUAAAAACCAAUAUGUCACUUGACCUGAAUGAUAUUUCACAGUGUGAUGGCAAUAGUAGUUGUACCAGUGCAGUUAUACCAAGUGAAGAGACAGUGUUCACACCAGUAGAUGAAAAAUGUCGAUUGGAUGUUAAUGCAGAGCUCAAUUCUAGUAUAGAGGACCUACUCGAGGCCUCUAUGCCAGCAAAUGAUGGCACAGUUACAUUCAAGUCUGAAGUUGCAGUUCUUUCUCCUGAGCGGGCAGAAAAUGAUGAUACUUACAAAGAUGAUGUAAAUCAUAAUCAAAAAUGCAAGGAAAAAAUGGAAGCUGAAGAGGAGGAGGCAUUAGCUAUUGCCAUGGCAAUGUCAGCGUCUCAAGAUGCCCUGCCAAUAAUUCCCCAACUACAAGUUGAAAAUGGUGAAGAUAUCAUAAUCAUUCAGCAGGACACACCAGAAACCCUACCUGGACAUACCAAAGCAAAACACCAUUACAGAGAAGAUGCAGAGUGGCUUAAAGGUCAGCAAAUUGGGCUUGGAGCUUUCUCUUCCUGUUACCAAGCUCAAGAUGUAGGAACAGGAACAUUAAUGGCUGUAAAACAGGUGACAUAUGUCAGAAACACCUCAUCUGAGCAAGAAGAGGUGGUUGAAGCACUGAGAGAAGAAAUAAGGAUGAUGAGUCAUCUGAACCAUCCUAACAUUAUUCGAAUGUUGGGUGCUACAUGUGAGAAGAGCAAUUAUAACCUCUUUAUUGAAUGGAUGGCAGGAGGUUCAGUUGCUCACUUGUUAAGUAAAUAUGGAGCCUUCAAAGAAUCGGUUAUUAUUAAUUACACAGAACAACUGUUACGUGGGCUUUCUUACCUCCAUGAGAAUCAGAUAAUCCAUAGAGAUGUUAAAGGUGCCAAUUUGCUAAUUGACAGCACAGGUCAUAGAUUAAGAAUUGCCGAUUUUGGAGCUGCAGCCAGGUUGGCAUCAAAAGGAACUGGUGCUGGGGAGUUUCAGGGACAGUUGUUGGGAACUAUUGCAUUUAUGGCACCAGAGGUUCUGAGAGGUCAGCAGUAUGGUAGGAGCUGUGAUGUGUGGAGCGUUGGCUGUGUUGUUAUAGAAAUGGCUUGUGCUAAACCUCCCUGGAAUGCAGAGAAGCACUCCAAUCAUCUUGCUCUGAUAUUUAAGAUUGCUAGUGCAACUACUGCUCCCUCAAUCCCUACACAUCUGUCUCCUGGCUUGAAAGAUGUGACUCUUCGGUGUUUAGAACUGCAACCUCAGGACAGACCCCCGUCAAGGGAGUUGCUGAAACACCCAGUCUUCCGUACUACAUGGUAGCUACUUAUGUACAAAGCUCAUACACAGCAGAAGAAGAUGCUACUGAAUAUACAGUAACUGUCAUGCAGUGCAGUAAAGCACAGAAAAUUGUAUUAUUCUGCUGGUCUUAAUGAUAGAUACAUCGGACUUAAGGCCAGCAGAGGACCCUACCUAAGUAACUUGUGAUUGACAAAUCAAGAUCUUUACCCUAAGCUCAGUAUGCAACAUUUCACAACUUGUGCAGAGAUUUGUAAACAGUGCCUUUACAAACAUCUGGCUCUAUGUGAACACGAAAGUGUUCCUUAAAUCUGCAUGAUUACUUAGCAGAUAAGGGAUUUAUCUUAUUUAGAGCACUUUUUCAGCAAUAUUAGCAGCUAAGGGGCUCAGGAUCUAUUUUAAUAUAGCAAUUGCUGUUCCAUUUCACAUAAUGUAGGUGUAAGCAGAGAGUUCUGCGAUUAGUCACUUUUUAAAUCCAAACGUUGAUGGAUACUUUAAAAAAAAACACUUUGCCUUCGUUAAAGUAAGAGCACGCGGUUGUGGUUCAUUGUGCAUUUACUGCUGACCAUGUAAUUUCUUUUGAAAUUAAAGUUUGUUUUCAUUAUAUGUUUAACUUUGAGGAAAUGGGGAUCUUUUAUAAUAGUCUUUAGAAAAAGAUGCAAGCUGUGUCAUGGGACAUCUUGCUCACACAAGAGUUUUAAAACCAGAUUUUGCUGGAAAUAAUGGGGAAAAAAAAGGCUCUUUUCAACAAGGCAGUGUUGAAGGCCUUUAUAGUAUAGGUUAUUUCAGAAAAAAAAAAAGGUUGUUCUGUGUAAAGCAUUUUAGUCUGAAUCAUGCUAAAAGUUGUUGAGCCUUUUUUUCAUAUAGCAGUUGUUUUCUUGCAAAUCAUGUAGAGAAGCUUCAUGUCAAACCUUGCUCCCAUUAAUGUUUAUGGGAGACUUGGUCCUGUACUUCAGUGGGAGCAGGUGCCAACUAUGAGCAAAUCUCAUUCUUUGUGUAACAAAAGUGAGGUCACAUUCUCUACUGACAAUACCUGCUGUUUUCCUUCUGCCAUACAUCAUCUGUUUACUGUAGCCAUUAGUGAUAAUUUAAUUUGAAAACAUUAAAAAUAUUACCAUAAGAAAGGUAUUUAUUUUAACAAAAAACAAACUUGGACUUGAAAAGUAAGAAAAAGUAAAAUGUGAAGUAAAGCUUCACCUGUAGUACAAAACUUGUGUUUUUUAGCAAGUGUGGUUUUUUUUAAACAGGUUUUUAAAAUUAUUUUAAAGGCAGGUUUUUAGUUUCUGAUGCAUGUAAUUCUGAAGGAAAAUGGCAGCUUUUUCUUUGCUUUUUUAAGAGGGGAUCUUCAUCGAAUACUGAUUGUGUUUUAAUCUAUUUGAAAAAAAAAUACUGUUCCUAUUUUAACUCUUCAGAAGCCAGUCAGAUUGUUGGACUAAAAUAGAAUUGGUUAUUUUCAAAGACUCAGGACAAACUAAAUAAGCUACAGUACAUUAAAAAUGUACAAUACAAAUUGGAAGUAAAACACCUUAAAGAUAAGUUUACAGGAAUGAUAGUGCUCAUACUAAUUCAAAAUAAAAGCAAUGUCAUUAGUUGUGAAUGUGUUUCUUUUGGAAAUUUUACAUUCCUUUGUUUUGCAAGAUUGGCAGACUUCGAAGAGUUAAAGAAAAUACUGAAAUGUGAAGUUUGGUAGCUCUAACUGUUUUGUACUUGACUUUUUUUUUUACCACUUUUAGAAUUUCUCGUUCUAGUAAGAUUGUUUCCAAUUCUUUCUUAUGUGCAAGCUUUAAAGGAUACACUCUUGCCAAUUCGUGUACUGGAAGAUCAGUUGUCAGAUUAAUACUGUUUCUGGCAGAAAUGUAAACUGUAUAAACUGAUGAACCUCAGCUAAUCAGUAUUACUUUGUAGAUCACCACGCCUACCACAUUUCAAACAAACUGCCUCUAGGUGUCCAAAAGCAUUUGUUUGAGUUUGUAUGUGUUUCCCUCAGCUUGCUGGUAAUUAUGGUGUUUUUAAAAUGCAGAUGUGAUGUAAUAUUCUUAUUUUCUUUGGAUCAAAGCUGGACUGAAAAUUGUAUUGUGUAAUUAUUUUUUGUGUUCUUAAUGUUAUUUGGUACUUAAGUUGUAAAUAACGUCUACUGCUGUUAUUCCAGUUUCUACUACCUCAGGUGUCCUAUAGAUUUUCUUCUACCAAAGUUCACUAUCACAAUGAAAUUAUAUUUGCUAUGUGACUGAUUCCUAAGACUUCCAGGGCUUAAGGGCUAACUUCUAUUUAGCACCUUACUGUGCAUGCAAAUUUUACAGAAAUCUCUGGGUUAAGAAAUUUGGCUUCAUUGUAUCCUUUGUUAUUUUAAAUACAUCAAGAUAUUUUAAUUAAAAGUUUUUACCCCAU